AUGUCAUCCUCUGAGGCUAUCGCAUACACCGUCGUUGCUCCCGACCCUAGCAGCGACGGUAUCGAGCUCUCGACGCAAGAUCUGCGCAACAACCUUCAGCGCGGCUCUGAUGAGGUCAAGCUCGAGACUCUCCGACGCAUCAUUGUCUCGACCCUUAAUGGCUCACCGCAACCCAAUUUGCUUAUGCCAGUCAUCCAAUAUGUUCUUCCAAGCCGAAACAAGCAGCUCAAAAAGAUGCUUCACUUCUACUGGGAGGUCUGCCCCAAGCUCGAUGAGAAGGGCAACCUCAAGCAGGAGAUGAUUCUUGUUUGCAACGCCAUCCGAAACGACUUGCAACACCCUAAUGAAUACAUCCGAGGCUCCACAUUGCGAUUCCUUCAAAAGGUCAAGGAGCCCGAACUUCUCGAACCUCUCAUCCCCACCAUUCGCCAGUGUCUCGAGCACCGUCACAGCUAUGUCCGCAAGAACGCCGUCUUCUGCGUCUACUCGAUAUUCCAGCAGAACGAGAACCUCAUUGUCGACGCACCCGAGCUCAUGGAGACCUUCCUUGCUGCUGAAGCCGACACCACCUGCAAGCGCAAUGCUUUUGUUCUCCUCUGUCACACUGCACCAGAACGCGCCGUCCAGUACUUCCUCGGCCUCGGAGACCAAGUCGCAUCCCAAGACGAGCUCAUGCAGCUUGCUAUCAUUGAGCUGAUUCGCAAAGAUUGCCGCGGCGACUCGCCCAACCGCCCUCGCUACAUCCGCGCAGUCUCUGAGCUCCUUGCUGCUCCAAGCCACUCGGUCAAGUACGAUGCCGCUACCACCCUCACCACUCUCACUCAGAACGCAGCUGCAGUCAAAGCGACCGCCAGCGCCCUCAUCGAACUCAUUGUCAAGGAGAGCGACAACAACGUCAAGCUCAUCGUCCUCGACCGUCUCGACGCCCUCCGAACCAAGCAUGAGCACGUCAUCGACCCUCUCGUAAUGGAUCUCCUCCGCGUUCUCAGCAGCCCCGACAUGGACGUCCGUCGCAAAGCGCUUCGCAUCGCACUCGAGAUGGUCUCCAGCCGCAACAUCGAAGAAGUCGUUUUGCUUCUCAAGAAGGAGCUCAUGAAGACCACCGACUCAUCGCAAUCGCAGGAGAAGAACCUUGAAUACCGCCAGCUUCUCAUCCAGUCCAUUCACACUUGCGCCAUCAAGUUCUCCGAAGUCGCCUCCAACGUCGUUCACGUGCUCAUGGAAUUUCUUGGCGACUCGAACAACCCUUCUGCUGUCGAUGUCAUUGCUUUCGUCCGCGAGGUAGUCGAGAAGUUCCCCGACCUGCGAUCCAGCAUUGUCGACAAGCUGCUCCGCACAUUCGCGGACAUUAAGUCUGGCAAGGUCUUCCGUGGCGCAUUGUGGAUCGUCGGAGAAUACUGCGCUAGCAUCGAGGAUAUCAAGGAGGCUAUGCAGCAGAUUCGAAAGGUGAUCGGCGAGGUGCCUAUCUUGGCGGCAGAAGAGCGUCUACUAGAGUCUUCGACGGCCGAAGCAGCGGACGGUACCAGCAAGGAGGAGGCGGAUGCUGCUUCGUCUUCGUCAGCGCUUGGCGGUGCUGCCAAGGUGCCUUCGUCGGCUGCCAACCGAGUUCGUGCAGACGGCACCUACGCCACUGAGACAGCAUUCAGCUCUGAAGCCAACCAGGCUGCACGCCUUGAAGCCGUCAAGAACGCAUCCAAGCCUCCUCUUCGAUCGCUGCUCUUGCUUGGUGACUUCUACACAGGUACCGUUCUCGCCUCGACGCUCACCAAGCUCGUCCUGCGCUUCGCGGAACUCUCAUCCGAUGCAACUGCCAAGAACAGCAUGCGUGCCGAGUCGAUGCUCUUCAUGACCAGCAUCGUGCGUGUUGGUGAAUCCAAGUUCGCAGCUUCGCCUAUUGACGAGGACUCCACCGAGCGUAUCAUGGCUUGUGUCGAGACUCUUGCUUCGUCGAUUCAGGAUGUCGAGCCGGAGAGUGCCGAGGCCAAAGAGGUUUUCUUGCAUGAUACAAAAGCGGCGUACACCAAGAUGGUCGAGCACGAGCAGGCAAAGGCUGCAGAGAAGCUCGCCAAGGAGACCAAAGUGGUCAAGGUCCAGCCAGAUGACUUGCUUUCAUUCCGUCAAUUUAGCAAGAAAGCAGCAGAUGAUGCAGCAGAAGAGUACGAGCGAGAGUUGACGCAGGCGACGGGUGCAGCUGAGGCAGUGAAGGACGACUUUAUCAGCAAGCUCGCUCGUGUCGUUCAGCUCACUGGUUUCUCAGAUCCAGUCUACGCUGAGGCCUACGUCAACGUGCACCAAUUCGACAUCUUGCUCGAUGUCCUUGUGGUCAAUCAGACUGCCGAGACGUUGCAGAACCUUUCCAUCGAGUUUGCCACCCUCGGCGAUCUCAAGCUCGUCGAGCGACCUUCGAACUACACUCUCGCCCCUUACUCGUACCAAUCGAUCAAAGCCACAAUCAAGGUCUCUUCCACCGAGACUGGUGUCAUCUUUGGCAACAUCAUCUACGAAGGCGCAGCAGGCACAGGCACCCAAUCCGCCGGUGACGCCAAGUGCGUUGUUCUCAACGACAUCCAUAUCGACAUCAUGGACUACAUCGCACCCGCAUACUGCAACGAAGCUCAGUUCCGUGCGAUGUGGACCGAGUUCGAAUGGGAAAACAAGGUCAACGUCAACACUUCCAUCACCGAUCUGCGAGAAUACCUCGCGCAUAUCAUGAAGAGCACCAACAUGUCUUGUCUCACCCCCGAGGCAAGUUUGGCGGGAGAAUGCGGAUUUUUGUCUGCAAACAUGUAUGCCAGGUCGUUGUUCGGAGAAGAUGCAUUGGCCAACUUGAGUAUCGAGUUGUUGCCGGAUGGAAAAACAAUUCAGGGACAUGUCAGGAUCAGGAGUAAGACGCAGGGUAUUGCUUUGAGUUUGGGUGAUAAGAUUACUUUGGCGCAGAAGGCUGCUUCGAAGGAGUAG